AUGCCGAAGCGCGAUCGCGAGCACGAUCGGUGGGGAGUUCUCGUGCCUCACAACCCGCUGUGCGGAGCUCCCGUCCCGCUCUGCAGUCCGACGGUCGUCAUCGGCCGCGAGGGUGACGUCACUGCGCCGUGCAAUCCGCAUCUCUCGAGGAAGCACAUCCGGCUCGAGCGAGACGCGGCCGGCGCCGUCUACGUCACGCACCUCUCGGCGACGAAUCGGACCUACCUCAACGGCCGCCAACUAGCGCGCGACGUUGCGGUCCGUGUCGAGCCAGACCAGGGCAACGCACCGUUUUCUCUUCCCGGUGAGGCGGCGGACGCGCCGCUGCUGUUUGCGUCCUGGCGGAACGCGGAGGAGGCGCGCGCGGCGCUGGCGGACGAGCACGUCCGCGGGUGGUGCGGUUGGACUCUCCGCUUCGACGACAGCGGCCAGGAGACGCGCGGAGGUGGCUCUGCCGCCGCCGCCGCCAAGAAGAUGGCAUGA